UUGUUUACAGUUUGUCGAAGGAUUUGGGUCUGCCGGGCUUUCGCGUUGGUGCAAUUUACUCCAACGACGACAUGGUGGUGGCCGCGGCUACAAAAAUGUCGAGCUUUGGAUUGGUGUCUUCCCAAACGCAGUACCUUCUCUCGGCGAUGCUGUCGGACAAGAAGUUCACAAGAAACUACACGUCGGAGAAUCAGAAGAGGCUGAAGCAACGGCAGAGAAUGCUGGUUUCAGGGCUGGAGAAAGCGGGGAUUAAGUGCCUGAACAGCAAUGCGGGGCUGUUUUGUUGGGUGGACAUGAGACAUUUGCUGGAAUCCGACACGUUCGAGUCGGAAUUAGCACUGUGGAAGAAGAUUGUUUACGAGGUGGGUUUGAACAUUUCUCCAGGAUCCUCAUGCCACUGCACUGAACCGGGGUGGUUCCGUGUGUGUUUCGCCAACAUGUCCGAAUCCACCUUGAAACUCGCCAUUCGGAGAUUGAAGUCGUUCGUCGUCGAAUUGAGGUCCACUACCACAGGCCAACCCCAAUCAAACGACGCCAACAACAACAACAAAUUUUGCAAGAACAUGAUCAAGAGAAAGAUUUUCACCAAAUGGGUUUUCCGGCAAUCGGUUCAAGAAGCCAACCGCAGGCAAGCUGAACGAUAGCCUGGUCGUCUCUCUCCAUGAACAUAUUCUUCGUCCAAUCUCCAAAUUGGGAAUUUUUACCUUUUUUUUUUUCCUUUUUUGUUGAAAUAUC